AGCGGGUUGCUGGCUAGCUUGCAGUUAGCUUGCACAGCUAACUGAGCUAACUAGCUAACGGUUAGCGGUGUGUUACAAGUAAAGCUAUAAGAACUAAAUGACGUUAUAAAAGUUGUGUUUUCUGGUCGGUAAAACUAAAUAAUUUUAAUUCUUCACGCCUCCUUUGAGCUAACUCGCUAACAGCAAUCGGAUAUCGCAGGAGGCUACGGAGCUAGCUUCUUAUAAUAACUGCUUUAUUUUAUCUUUAUUUUAAAGCUGCUUUUAAGGGAAAUAAGAGCCGAUUUUAAAGCUGUUUAAGGACUUUUAGUUUGAAUUCAAACUGAAAGUUAAAGAGAGAAUCCGACUCAGUUUGUCGUCUUUUAUAUUUAACCCACACACACACACACACACACACACACACACACACACACUCACACACACAUUGAAUCUGCAGUUUCUACAGCGUGGUCUUGCAGGGAGGGCGGUUUUGCCGAUCGGGGCUGGGCCCGGGUGUAUUUCAGGAGCUCGUUGGCCCAUUGGUCUGCACGGGAAUCCACUUCCAUAAAGAGGAUCUGAGCAUUUUGCUGAGCCACCAUAUAAACCCUAUUUCAUUUUUCACUGUCUGUGGCUUUGGCAGUGUCUCCUCUUCUUCCACACAGUGUGUCUGCUCUUCCUCUUCUUCCUCUUCUUCCUCUCUAUAGGUUGUGAACCGCAGGAGCCGCAGAGAUGUCUGAGAAAAAGCUGACUUCCAGCCGCAAGCAUCACCUGAAGAGUCUGAUCCUCUCCAUCGCGGCGAACUGGCUCGAACAGGAGCAGAAGGAGGCUGUAGUGGCCAAACAGACCUACAUGGCCGAAAACUGUCCCUCCCCCGAACUGUCCGGAGACCAGGCCGCCCUGAUGGAGGUCUGCAAGAAGCUCCACGCCCUCAUUGACAAGAUCGACGAGGAGAGGUACGACAUCGAGGCCAAAGUGCAGAAGGCCGACAAAGAGAUCGAAGACCUGAAGAUCAAAGUGGUGGAUCUGAGAGGCGUGAAGAAACCUGCCCUGAAGAAAGUGCGUAUGUCCGCUGACACCAUGCUGAAGGCUCUGCUGGGCUCCAAGCACACGGUCAACAUGGACCUCAGGUCCAACCUGAAGCAGGUGAAGAAGGAGGUGAAAGAGGAGCCGACAGAGGCUGUGGGCGACUGGCGUAAAAAUAUCGAGGACAAAGCUGACAGGAAGAAGAUGUUCGAGACUUCCUAAACGACUUCACCGCUUGUUUUUUGUCUUUUCUGUUUAUAUGAACUCCAACGUGUCUUAAACGUGUUGAACCAGACCAGGUAGCACACGUUGUCUUCUUUCGUUUUUCUUUGGUACUUUGUCUGGAGGGAUGAUGGAGGGAUGGUUGGAGGGUUGAUGGAGGGAUGAUGGAGGGAUGAUGGAGGGAUGAUGGAGGGAUGGAUGGAUGGUUUCUGCAGGUUCACACACACACAAGCACUAAGUCUUAAACUCCACACAUUCAGGGAAACACUUCACACAAACUGUCGAAUAGAAACAAUAAAGUCAACUGUGGAAGAAAAUAA